UCAAUCUCUCAUCAGCCAAUUACUUUGGGGCCCACUCUAAAUCUAAGACAAUCUCAUUUUGAGAUCCUUAAACUGCAACGACCCUUUUCCAAAUAAGAUCACAUUCACAGUUUCUGGGGAUUAGGACAUGAACAUAUUUUGGGGGAGCACCUUUGAACCCAUUACAAGCUCCUCUUCUUUUAGAAGUCAUGCUUGAUUAUUUAUAGAGUUAAAAAAGACCUUUCCCCUUACUCUCCUGAAUGAGACAAGCAGGUAGGUUAUGACUACAUUUCACCAAAGAGCUAUAAUUUUUCAAACAAUAGCCUAGAUAUCUGUUAAAGCCUAGAUUCAAGGUACACACCAGUUCUUGUAUGUCUGCUUCCCAAAACAAGAUGUUUUUGUAGUCCAGUAUUAUCAGUACAUUCAGAGAAAUCUCAUCUUUGGUAGAGAGUUAUAAGCAACAUGGGUAAUGUAUAAAUAUUGUCUAUGAUAAGAUAUUAAGGAAUACUACAAAUCCUCUGGUUUCUUUCUGUUUUCAGUACUCUGAAACUUUAAUCUCAUUUCCUAGUCAAAGAAGAGAAUAAUCCCAUUUCAGUGGAUUCUAAGACAUUGAUAUAUAACAGGGAUAAAGAGGUAACCCCUAAGUGGGAAAGAAUUACAGAAGAAUGUCAGUCAACCAAGAAAGGAAGAGUCAAGGAGUUCCUGAAGAUGCUCUGGCUAACCAAGACACAUCUUCAUUAACCGAUGUUGUAGAGCAAGUUGCAAAGCAACAACAAUCACAAACAUCAGAAAUAGAAAAAAACAAAAAAGUUCUGUUUCAUUUACAGAAUGAACUUCAUGAGCUAGAAAAACAAAUAGCAACUGUUUCUGCAGAAACUAAAGAAACAGAAAGGCUAAUUAAUCAGCAAGAUGUUGCCAUAGAGAAUAGCAAACUUCAGUGUGAAAACCUGGAAACACAAAUCAAAUCCUUACAUACAGAAAAUGUAAAGCUUAAAUUUGAUAUAGAAGUAGCCCAAGAAGAUUUCAAGGAACAUGUGAUAAAAUAUAAUGAAUACUAUGCAAAAAUUAAAGUGCAUAAAGAUAGCUCGGGGGAGGAAGAAAGCAAAUGGCCAUUUAUGAUUGAGCUACGUGAAAAACAAGAUCUUGUUAAAAAACUGAAGGUAAUGAAAGAGGAACUUAGGCAAGAUCUCCAGAAUCCAGAAGGAAACCGGAUGAAACAAGUACAGGAAGACAUUACAAAGCUAAAGGAUAAAAUCACAACUACAAAAGAAUCUAUCAUUGAAAAAACUUGUUUUCUUGAGGAAGAAAACAAGACACAUGAAAAAUUAAGAAAAGAAAUAGAGGUACAAAAUAAGAGAUAUGGUGCAAUUCUUAAGCGUUUGCAUUGUCAGCUGAACAAGCUUCAGUCAAAUAGAAAGCAAUGGCAGUGGAACAUUCAACAACUAGAAAAAACUGCAGCUGAACUAAGAAAAUGCAUUGCAAUGAAAGAUUAACAUGGCCAUAGGACAAUGUAGAGCACAGAGUAUUGCCACAAAAAUUACAGGCAAGAAUGUUGAGAAACCAUUCAAAUUCUUGUUUCUAAUUAAUUAGUUUUUAUUGAAGUAUAGUUGACAUACAAUAUUAUAUUUGUUUCAGGCGUGCAACACAGUGAUUCUGUAUUUAUAUAUCUUACCAAUGAGCUUCUGCUGUCAGAGGUCUGUCCUAAUGGCAGAUAUAUUUAUCUUUUUUUAAUUAGUCCUUCCACCCCUACAAUUGAUAGCAGUAGAAAGACAAUAGGAAUGCUUACAGAAGAAUAGUAGAUGACUCCAUUAACAUUUAUUAUGUAUAAGAUGUAUUGUACUCAUGAAUGCCUGUUUAUAAAUUGUUGCCUUCACUAUUAUUUGAAGUAAAAAUUUAGAAGAAAAGAAAUUCUUGAAUUUAUAAUGAUUUAAAUUGUUGAGAUAUUUAAAUGGUUGUCUGUUUCAAACUUUAUUAAAACUUAUUUUUUUACUAUGCCUUCACA